CACACGUUGAAAUUCAGGACUUACAGAGAAAUUUUAACAGGCUGCGUUUAACACCGCCUGCCCAGGCUAUUAGAAUUCGGCCAUUACCUGCUAAAAGGACAAAAUUUAACAGAAAGUGCUUUUUGUCCUAUCUGGGUUCCUGAAUGCGCGAUCAGACAUGGAAGAGAUAGAACCGAGAUUCAAACGACUGAAGAUUGACCCGGAGGAGCCCCCAUCCAAAAGGAAGAGAUAUCGGAAAAAGAUGAAGAAAAACCAGAUUGACCCAGCCGAAAAGCUGAUUUCAUGGGAAGAUGUAAAGAAACUAACAACACAGGCUUCCCGAAUACUUCGACUCCUAGGAGAGAACAGGACCCCAGUGAUGAUGGUAGCAACAGUAAUUGCCCUGUUGGGCUGUCAGGUAAAGGGGGAUCAAGUAGACACUUACUGGACAUAUUUCCCAGAUCCACCCCUGGUACACCCAGCUGUGUGGACUGGAGAAUCUAUUCCAGUAUUUAGUAAUGACUCAUUCAUGAUGGGAGGAUUUACAGAUACUCAUAUUACUCCCAAUCAUGUGACUAGAUUUAAUUAUUCUGGCUACAGUGCCCAAUUACCUUUGUGUUGGUCCCACAAUAAACAUGCUGGCUGUCUGAAAGUAUCAUUCGAGGAAAAGACAGUGAUUGAUAGACCUAGACUGACAAAUAAUUCUAUUUAUGGAGACUUAAAACCUUAUACUAGAUCAAUAAUUAAGAUGGGACUUUCCCAUAACAAGCCAGUCAUUUCUGCAAAACCUCCAUGGAUACCCCACUGUCCAAAUAGUUCUACAAUUGAGAUUGGCACCUUUCCUAGAUGGAUGGAUUGUGUAAAUACUUUUCCUGUACAACACAAGGUGUCUAAAGAUAGUGGGUAUAUUUUAGACUGGUCUCCAAAAAUUGAUAAAAGACAAUUACGAAAAAAUUCUGCUAUGACACCUGCAGGAUUUGUUAGUAAUAUUUUGACUUAUAGUGAGGGUGGUAUUCAAAAGGAUGUUCGGCGCUUAAUUGCUGCCUCAGAAUACUUACAUUUUACAAACAAGCCUUUACCAAAGUUUGUUGGCAAGAACUGUAAGGAGGGAUCUUGUUAUGGCUUAUGAGCCUGUGUCCAAACUCCUUAUGUUUUAAUUAUUGGAAAUGUAAAAGUUAAAUGGAUAGAUGACAGAUAUAUUGUUACUUGUAACAAAUGUAACCUAACCAAUUGUAUUACUAGGUAUAAUGGAGGGAAAGGAGUGCUGAUACUUCAUCAGCCCUCUUUUGUUUUAUUACCUGCUAAUAUUUCAGAGCCAUGGUAUGCUGAUACUGGUUUACAAGUCUUGCAGCAAAUUCAUGCCCAGCUAGCAAGACCCAAACGUGCUAUUGGAAUUAUGAUUGUUGGUGUUUUGGCGCUAGUCUCUUUUAUUGCCUCCACUGUCUCUGCAUCUCUGACAUUGUCUCAAAAUAUUCAGCAUGCAAAAUUUCUUAAUAAUUUAGCUCAAAAUACUUCCAAGGCUCUGUGUAAUCAAGUAAAUAUUGAUGAAAGGAUUGAGACUAAAUUAAACGCCUUAGAGGCGACUGUUAUAGACAUAGGUAAUGAACUUUCAGCUUUAAAAUUUAAAGAAAGGCUUAAAUGCCAUGCAAAUUAUAAAUAUGUGUGUGUUACAGCUGCCAAGUACAAUGCUUCUCUCUGGGAUUGGGAGAAGGUUAAAAACCAUUUGUUAGGUAUUUGGCAAAAUAGUAAUAAUAGCUUGGAUAUUCUGGAACUUCAUCACCAUAUCCAAGACAUUCAAAAUAAUAAAGCUGAUUUUUCAGAUUCUUCUUCUUUGGCUAAUCAAAUAUUAAAGGAGUUAAAUGGAUUUAACCCUGGAAAUAUUCUUAAACACUCGGCCUGGUACAUUAUUGGAUUGUUCUCUUUGCUGUUAAUUCUCUUUUGUGUUGUAAUUAUAGGAUGGUGAGUCUUCGGAACAAGAAUACAGAAACUCCAAAGAGUGAACCACCGCCUCAUUUUUAAGAAAAAAAGGGGGAAUAUGUGGGGAGCCAUUCUCACACGUGAUUGGGCAACUCCCGGAUUGGGUGUGAGACGCUCUGGCUAAACUGUGUCGGAGCUUUCCCGACCCUCUCCUGGUGCGAGAGCCUGUCCGUGUGGGGGUGUGACUGACCACUGACCCUGGGGCCAAUCAUUGACCCUGACCUUGGAGUGCUGCCCCCCUCAACCUUCAUUGGAUGGAAUUCUCCCCUGAAUUUCUUGUUCCCCAAUAAAAGGCCACUCCCUGGCAUGCUCUCUCUCUCUCUCCUGCUAGCCCUGAGUAAUCCCUGCUGCCCUACCGGGUGGUUCGAGGUGUGAGCCAGAGGGAGAGCCGUCUCAGACCUGGUCAUAGAAAAAGGUAAUUGAGUCUGUGUGUUUAUUUUGAUCUCACUAGCUAACUUUUAUGCCAAGAACCUCUUUAAUGAAACCAACAUGACCAUUGUUGGAAACAAAACAGUGUAAUUGUGGGUUCUCCACCACUUCGAGCAUUCAUAGAACUACCUCACUUCCAAAGAAGAAAAGGAAACUGGAUUUUGAGUAGACAACUAGAAAGAUCCAUCUCUGCAUCCAUUGCACUUUUGGUUUAUCUUUAUUACAGCAUUAGGCACAUUGUUUUCUUAUAUAUCUGGCUUACUAUGACACUCUUUGUCAAGGGCAAAAUGCUAAUUAGGCCCUCAGCAGAGAAAUAACAUACAAAAAGGAUAUUUGAAGGGAAUGUAAAGAAGGAACUAUUUACAAAAGAAUGAAAGGGUUAUGAGAACUACCAGAUAUGGUGAAACAACCAAGGAUUACCAACAGAAGGUGGCAGUUAUUACCCAUCUUAUUAUCAGCUCCUAGCAAAAACAGUGAGUGUUGAAGCAGCAGAAGUGGUGGCUAGGGGUAGGGAUUCUACCUCAGCCAGUUUGUAACCAGUGACAUAAGGAUCUUGGAGAAUAAGCCUGACUUCUCAUCUCAUUUCUGUCACUGUCUUCCCCUGGGCAAGUUCAAUAGGAAACCAGCGGGAAAACAGACUUGCUGACAUGGUCUUUAAAGAUCUUUGAACUCAAGGCAGGGUAGAGAGGGGCAAAGAUGAAGUUCCAUGUACAGAGAAUGAGGGCAGGUAAGCAUUAUUUCUUCAGCAUGGAAUAUCCAGGCUUUGAACAUUACCAUGCAAUACACAUUGUUCCUGUGUCCUUUUUAUAGGACAGCUAU